AAUAACAAAUACCCUACAUAAAUAUGAAAUAAAUCCAGAAUGUGCUCCAAUAAUUGAAAUAAAUGGAUUUAAAAUGAAGGAUAAAGCAAUAUACCUUAACAUCUUAGAAAAUUGUCCUGAACAUGAAACUAAAUAUUCUUUUGAAAGAAGAAGUUGGCAUCAUUAUCCACCGUAUGAGGAAUUUCGAAGUAUAUUUGAUGUACCGGAUAAGCUCAAUGAUCAAAAUAUUAUUGUUAAAGAAAAAGUUAUAAUUAAAAAUCAAAUCGAUGAUGAACCUAUUAUUUUUCUAUCAAAUGCUAUUAUUCUAUUAAAUGAAGAUGCAAAACCAGGGAUUACUUAUGUUCGAGUUUAUUCUAAGAAG